AUGGCCCUUCGAGCAGCGAAACAGACAAAAACUUCUGGGGCGUACAAACCGUACGUUCAAAGCCUUUACAAGUGGGAAAAAGAAAUAAAAGUACAAGAAAAGAUUCUUUCUAGAGGCGAAUCUUUAACAACUUCGACUUAUCCUCCAAUUCGACCUAUUGGUGAAAUAUUAUUUGACGCAGUACAAAAACCUACACAGGAUUCCGUGUCACCUGAAAUUAAGGAAAGGGUUUCAAAGUCUGAAGCAAAGGACAUCAAUCAAAAUAAACUUGAAAAAAUAAGAGCCUUUGAUUACCAGGCUUGGGAUAAAUUUGAUGUGGAUAAAAUUUUAAAGGAAUCGGACGAAGAGAUUAAUUAUAAAAAGACAAAAGAACAUACCAAAACCGAGUUAGCGGCAGAAUAUAAACCUCAACAACAAACUAAACCCGCAUCAAUCCCAUCUAAUAACCCAACAUCAAUGUCGACACAACGUUCAGAUCGUAAAGGAAAGAAGACUGCUAGAUUGGAACAGGCUUUACAGGAGAAAGAGACGGGGAACGUAUUCUUCAAAAAAGGAAACCAUUCAAAAGCGAUUGAACACUAUGGAAAGGCUAUGGAAUUGGAUCCUAAAGAGGCAGUUUAUGUCAUUAAUCGGGCAAUGGCUUAUCUGAAGUUGCAGAAAUGGGAAGAUGCAGAAUUGGAUUGUACUAUCGGACUAAUGUUGCAUCCGGAUAAUACCAAAGCUCUUUGGAGAAGAGGUAUCGCAAGGAGAGAGCUUGGUAAAUUAGAAGAAGCUAAAAAAGAUCUUCAGGAUGCAUUACAUUUAGAGCCUCAUAAUAAAGCUGUAAAAGAAGAACUAGAUAAAUUGUUAAGCGCUAUCGAAUCGGCCAAUUCUAAAAAAACGGUUGUAGAUCAGACAAAUGAUGUUCCCCGACGCCGAUUAACUAUUGAAGAAGUUGACUCCGAUGAGGACGAAUUUACUGAAUCAAAGACAACUGAUGCAAUAAAAACUAGUGAGAAAGAUAUUAAGGUGCAAAUUAUGAUAGCUUCUCCCAAAAUAUUUAAGCCACCACAAUCUAUGAUUGAAUUUGAAUCUGAUUGGGUGAGAAUUCAACAAAAUGAUGAGGAUCUAUAUAAUUAUAUAAAGGUUAUUCCGCCUUCUUUUUAUCCAAGUCUUUUAUCUAAUUUUUUUGAAGCCGAUUAUCUAUCUCGAAUUUUAGUUAUUUUGAAAGAUUUCUAUUUAGUGCAUGAUACGGUUAAUGAUAUUUAUGAUAUUUUAUAUAAUUUAAGUCUUGUUGUGAGAUUCGAUGUGAUCGUGUCGUUUCUUGAAAUAGAGGAUAAAAAGGUUCUGGUGGAUUUGUUCAAAGCUUUAUUUGAGUCAUCAAAAGGCACACAAAACGGUGUCGAAAACGUACAAAAUUUAAUAAAAGCGACACAAGAUGAAAUCUUAGGAUUGGCUAAAGUCUAUCGUAUUCAGGAUUUAGAUGGAUAA